AUGAAUGAAUUAGAAAAUCUUAUAGAAAAGUAUAUAUCUCCUGAAAAGGUUAUGUUUAAUUAUGAUAAAGAAAAAAAAAUAGAAUUGAUUUAUGAAAAGAACAAAGAUAAGGAAGAAAAUAAAAUUAGAAAUGAAAUUUUAAAAAAUAUAAUAGAUUUAAUUGAAAAAGAUAUAAAUGGACAAAAUGAAAUAGUUAUAGAAAAUAAUUUAUAUAAGAUGAAUAAUAUGAGAGAUAGUAGUAAUAUAAAUAAUUUAGGAAAUAAAAACUGGAAGUAUAAUAAAUUAAUUGAAGUAAUUGUAAUUUUAAAGAAAUAUUUUUACUGCAACGAAAAUAUGAAAAGAGGAUUUUCUAUUAAUUUAUUAGCUAACAUUCUUGAUGAGAUAAACAUAAGUAAUUUAGAUUUAGAAUAUUUUAAAUCCAUAAUAUUUUUUUUUAUUAAAAAAAUAGAAGAUUGGCAUUGUAUUAGUGGAGUUGUGAAGUUUUUUUUAACUGUAUUUGAAAAAUAUAAAGAUAUUUUAAGAAAUAUUAAAUAUUCAAAUGAAAUAACAGUAAUAUAUAAAAAUUUAUUUAUUUUAAAAAAAAAAAAAAAAAAUUAUUUAAUAGAAGAAAGAGAUAAUAUUAAAAAUUAUUACUUUGAAUGUCAUGAAAACGGGAACCAGGAUAAUAAUAGUGAACAUGAUUUGGAAAUAGAGAAAAAGAUAUAUGAAGAAGAAAAAUAUGAUGAUAAUGAAGAUUAUAGUGAUGAUGAAUAUGAAAAAGAGUAUGAAAAUGAAGAUGAUAUAGAAGAUGAAGAUGAAGAUGAAGAUGAGACAAAAGAAGAAAAUAUUUGUGUUGUUUAUAAAAUUCUAAAGCAUAUGUUUAAACAUAUACACGCACCAAGUUAUUUACAAAGUAUAAGAAUAAAUUAUUAUAAAAUAAUUUUAAUUUCUUUACAAGAAUUUAAAAAAGAAAUUUCUUCUAUUUCUAAUUUUAUUGAUAAAAUUCAAGUUCAAUUAGAAAAUGAAUCCGAUCCUCGAAACAUUAUGGUUUUGUUUGAUAUAAUAUAUACGUUAUGUAAUAAAUAUAUAUCACCAAUUAAAAAUAAUGAUGUUAUAAAUAUAAAUGAUAAUAGUUCAUAUGACGAAAAAGAGACUUCUGAUAUAGAAGAUGAUGAUCAAAAUAACAAGAAUAAUGAUAUUUCUGAUGACAACAAUAAAAAAAAAAAAAAAAAAAUUUUUUAUUUAAAUGAAAAUUCUUUAUUUACAUAUGAGAAAGAAAAAAAUUAUCUAAAAUCAAUUAUUGAUAUAGCUUUUUACUACUUUCCUAUAGAAUUUAUACAUAACGAUACGAAAUAUGACAGUAUUACAGAAGAAGAUUUACAACUAUCUUUUUUUAAAUGUUUAAAAUCUAAUAAAAGAUUAGGUAGCUAUGUGAUAAUGAAUAUAUUAGAUCAAUUUUAUAACUCUGAAAAUGAUGAAUUAAGUGAAAAAAAUUUUAAAAAUAUUAUAAAAGCUUUAGAAAUAUGCAUCCCUUACUAUGGUUGCUUAUGCUCAUCAAAAUUUAUUACUACUGUAUUGGGUUUAAUAGAUUUAGAAUGCAUUGAAAAUAAUUCCACUGAUAAAAUAACUAAUUAUUUUAUAAAUAUUCUUUUAAUAUUUAUAAAUGUUCUUAAUAAAGAAAAGGCAAAUAUAAAGUAUUCUCUAUUUAAUAAAUAUUUUAUUAGUAUGUUUAAAAAAUUUCAAAAAUAUCUUAUAUUGCAUAAAAUUAUGUAUGAAGAGACAAUGCAUAACAUUUUCGAUACAACAGAAUUAUUAAAUGUUCAAUUUAAUGAUCAUGAUUUUACAUUUAAUCAUUUAUAUAAUAACAAUACUUUCUCUUCAUCUAAUAAAACUGUAAAAAAAGAAGAAAAAUAUAUCAUUUAUGAAGAAAAGGAAAAACUUUUUUCUGAUUAUGCAACUAGUGUAAAGCAAAAUAAUUUUAUAUCAAAUGAUUUUUACUUAAAUAUUGCCAAUUUGUCUGAUUCUUCAUCUUCUUGUAAUUCAUCAGAUAUAAACGAUACUUUAUUAAAUAUGCCGAAAAACUAUGAACAUAAUAUGAAUGAUAGCGAAUCGAGUGAAAGAAAUAUAUUUACUAUAAUAAAAGAAAAAAACGAAAUUGAAAAAAUAAAAGAAAAAAAACAAAAAGAAAAAAAAAAAAAUAAAAUAAAAAUGGAUAAAUUUCAUGUUAUAGAAAAAAUUCUUAUAUGCAUAUCAAAAGGUAAUAGCUACAUCUUUUUAUAUAUACUAAAUACUAUAAUAAAACCAAUAUUAAAAGAAUGCUAUUAUUUAAUAAAUAUUUUAACUGAUGAAAAUAUUUGUAAUAAAAAAUAUAUGAAAACAAAUUUUGAUUCAAAUAUAAAGGGAAAUUCUAGUGAAAACAUAUCUUAUGAAAAUAAAGAAAAAGUAGUUGAUUUGAAAAAUUAUACUGAUAAUGAUAAUACAAAGAAUAUGUUUGAAGAAGAAACACGAGACAAUUUGAAUAAUAAAUUAAUUUUUUUUAAUAAUAAGGAAAAAGAUGAUUAUAAAAUGAAUACAAGAAUUAAGAAGAGAUGGGAUUUAUUAAUAAUGUAUAUAAAUCUUUUAAAUAAUAUUUUGGAGAAAAGUGUAAGCAUAGAUGAAAUAAUAUCAAAUGACGUUUGCUUUAUAGAGGAAAUUUAUAUAAUUAUAGAAAUUUUAAAAAAAGGAAAAAGUAUUUUUUUUGAUAAAUAUUACGAUUGCGGUUUACACCUUUUUAAUAUUUUGGUAAAUUUCAUAUGUAUGCAUAACAUAAAAGACAAUAUUUUUCAUAGUAAUAUAUAUAUUUUUAAAACUAUUUUUUCUUUUUUUUAUAUAAUUGGAAUACAUCCAGAUAACGAAAAAUUGAAAUUUUUUUACGAGUGUAAUAAUAAAUUAUAUGAAAUAAAAAUAGAUAGUUAUCUAUAUGUAGAUUUCUGGAAAAAUAAUAUAAUUAAGAAUUAUUCCAAUUUUAUAAAUGAUAUUAAAAAUAAUAAUGAAAAUAUUAUUAAAAAAAAUAAUGAUUAUAAAGAAAAUUGUUUAUUUUUCUUUCUUAUUUUAGUAAAUAAACUCAUAAAAUAUAAAUAUGAAAAAAUUCAAAAUUACAUUAAUACAAUUUUAAUUAAUUUGUGUUCAUUAGUGUUAAGGUUACAUUUUUGUGAAUACAAAUAUUUCAAUUUUUAUUUUGAUUAUUUGUAUAAAAUGUAUCAAAUAGAUGCACCAUAUCUUCUUUUCUUGUCAACAAAUUUAUCUUCUUUUAUUUUAAAAUAUUUUUUUAAUUAUAUAGAAAAAAUAAAAGAUAAUUAUUUAUAUAUAAAUGAUAAUCUUAAUAUAUCUAGUGGAAAUGAUAAUAUUUCUCAUUAUAAAUCAGCAAAUGAAAAUAUACUUAAUGAAAAAUCAAAAAAUGAUCAUGUGAAUAUUUGGAAUUUAUACAGUAGCAAUAAUAAUGAUAAUAAUAGUAAUAAUAAUACCAAUAAUGAUGAAAAUAUGUAUAAUCAGAAUGACAUUAAUGAAGAAAAUAUAAAUAAUGAUGAUGUUGGAAAAAAUAUAUAUUAUAAUAAGAACGAAGAUAAUAUUUGUAAACUAAAAAAUAACAAUGAAAAGUUAAAAGAUAUGAACUAUUUAUCAAAUGAGUUUUCAUAUGAUGAAAACUGUUAUGUAAAAAAUGCAAAAAUUAUUGAUGAAUUAUAUUUAUUUGUUCAAGAAGGAAAAACUCCAGUAUAUUAUUUAAAUAAAAAAAACAUAAAAUUAGGAAAUACUCUCAAUAUAAAAAAUUUAUUUUUUGAUAAGAAUGAGCAAGUAUUACACUUUGAUACUAACGAAUCUAAUUAUAUAAAAGAAAAUGAAGAAAGAGAAGAUGAAAAAGAAUAUGAGAAUGUAAAUGAAAUUGAACAAGAAAAAGAAGAAGAAAAUUAUAUUAUUAUCAAUGAGAAUCUAAAACAUGAUGAAAUUAUUUAUUUCCAUUUUUAUUUUAUUUUGAAUUUACUAUAUGUGCACAUUUAUUAUACAUAUAUAAAAACAAGAUACUCUUUAGCAAAUAAUGGAGAAUUCAUCACAAAUUGUAGUGAAGAAAAGUUAAAAAAUGAAUAUAAUUAUGAAAAAUAUAUAAAUAACUCAAUUUUAAAAAAUGAGAAAAUGGAAAUUUUAUAUGAUUCUUUUAUUUCUGUAAAUAAUUUGGAAAUAUUUGAGCUAUGUAUAAAUUAUAUAUAUGAAGAAAAAAUUAUAAAAGAUAUUUUUUUAAGAAAAAUAAAUUUAGAUGGAUUUAACUAUUCUAUGAAAAAAGAUGAUUAUGAAUUAGUAAACUUAAAGAAUAUAAAAAUAAUUAAUGAUAAGGAAAAUAUAUAUUAUUAUGCACAUUACUUAAAUAAUUUAACAAACUUUGUUAAUAUCAAUAGUAUAAAUAAUUUAGAGUUAAAUGAUGUUAUUUCAAAAAAAUUAGAGAAUGACUCCAAUAAUAACUUUAAAAAUAAAUUGAUAAAAUUUCUUAAAGAUAAAAAUUUUUUUAUAAAUUUGAUGACUCUAGAAACAGAUAGGUUUUUGCAUAUUUUAAAAAUAUCAUUAGUAAUCAAUCUUAUGUAUGAAAGGUUAGAUAAUUAUAAAAAUGACAAUAAGAACGAAGAUAAUGGUUUAUUAUUCGUAAGAUAUUUAUAUCAUAAAUUAAAAAAGAAUCUUAAUAAUAUUUUUAUUUUUCUUAGUAAAAUUAAAAAAAAAGAAUUUUUAGAAAAUUGUAUUGACCAUUGUUUAUGUAAUAAUAAAUCAAUAAAUAAAAAUGAAAAUGAUAUAUUUUAUAUAAUUUUUAAAGAUGAAUAUAAAAAUUUAAAUAAUAUUCCAUUUGAAUUUGAUUCAGUGAAUGCUUUAUUAUUAUUAUACAUUCCUUCUGUAUUAUCUAUAUAUAGUUCUAUUAGUAAAAGUUAUAUUUAUAAAAUUUUAAAAUUAUGCAUGUAUAUAUUUUUAUAUAACAUAUAUAGCACAAAUGGUUUUUUAAAUAACAUACAUAAUUAUAUUAAUAACGAUGAAAAGAGCGAGUACAAUUACGAAUCAUUGCAUUUAUUAAAAGAAGAAACUUUUUUAAAUGAAUAUAAUUUUAUUAUGAACUAUUUAAAUGAAAGAAGUAAUAUUUACUUUAAAAAUUUCUCAGAAAUAUUCAAUGAUAAAGAAAUAAAAAAAUGUUUAGAUAUAGUUGAUUAUAUAAAUAUGAAAAAUAUGCUUAAUUGCUCUCUACAAAUUAUGUCUAUUAUAUUACAUAGCUCUAGUUGUGAAAAUGAAAUGAUAAAUUUUGUAUAUAUUCAUUUUGAUUUAAAAAAUUAUUUUACUAUUUGUAUAAAAGAUGCAUUAAUUUUUAAAAAUAUUAUUGAUCAUUUUAUUAAUAUGUAUAAAUCAUUUAUCAAUAAAGUGAAUAAAGAAAACGAUAGCCUUUCUUUUUUUAAUUUUUUAAACAAAAUAUAUGAUGUAUCAUUUAAGAAUAACGAAAAAGAAAAUAUAAAUAAAUUAUUUUUUUUAUUUGAUAAUUUAUACUUUAAAAACAUAGAAAUAAAGAAAUAUGAUAAUAAAGGAAAGAGUAAUUCAGGAAAAUUGCAUACAAAUGAAAAUAUGUACAAAAGUAGCAAAUAUUCUAAGAGUAUAAAUGAUAUAUAUAUAGUAGAUAAACAUUAUUUAAAAAGCAAUAUAGGAAUAAAAAAAGAUUCUAAUUAUGAGUUAGAAUACAAUUGGGAUUAUUUAAAAAAAGUAGAUUCAUUUUCAUUGAACAAUAUAAAUCUUUUAAACAUAAAAGAUCUCUUUUCUAAAAAUAAUGAUCACUCAGGAAAAAAUAAUGAUGAUAAUUUUUAUUUUUUUUGCCAUUUUUUUUUUUCUCUUUUUCAAAAUUUUUCAGUUUUUUAUGAUUUAAGUUUUUAUAUAGAAGAAAAUAGUGUCAAUUAUAUAGAAGAAAAUGUUGAAAACUUGUAUGAUAAUUUAAAUAAUAAGUUAGAUGAUCAUGUGCUAAUACUUUUUUAUUAUAGUUAUAUCUCUAACAUUUAUAAUAAAAUAUUUUCUUAUUUACAUAAUAUAGAUACUAAUUCACUAUUUCACAAAGAAAAUUAUAAUAAUAUUUAUUUCAUUCAGAAUAAUAAUUUUAUCAACUUAUAUAAAAACAUUCUAAUUAAUUUUUUUUAUAAUAUUUAUAAUUAUCUUUUUUUUAUUGAUAUAACAAAUAAGUACAUUUCUGUAACUGAGUUUAUAUUUAUCAUGAAUAAAGAAAAUAUGUUUUUUAAAUAUUCUUUGCCAUAUGACUUGAUUCGUAAAAAUGAAAAAACUACGAAAUUUAUUGAAAAGUUUAUUUUGAAUUAUAAUAUAAAAUCAGACGAAAAUGCUUCAAAUAAAGAAAGUCCAAAUUUUUUUUUAACUGAUACAAAAGAAAUAGAUAAACAGAAGAACGACUUAUUUUUAUGUAAAGUUGGAAGUGUAAAUGAAAAUGAUAUUAUAAAAAAAGAUAUAAUAAAUGAAAAUAUUUGUGAUAGUGAAAAAAUAAAACAAAAUAUUUCUAAUGAUGCUAUUAUUAUUGAAGAUCAAAAUGAGUGUAAAUUAUUUAAAGAAACUUUAAAAGAAAGAAAAAAAGAAAAAGUAAAUAAAUAUAAUUGUAAGUAUCUAAGCAUCAUCCAUUUAAUGACUAUCCUAUUAUUAAAUAUGCCUUUUGAAGAAGUAAUAAAUGAUUAUUAUAACAUUUUAGAAAUAUGUAUACUUAAAGGAAUUAAUAAAGUAUCCAAUUUUUUUAUAAGCAAAGAUAGUUAUCUUUAUAACAAUAAAAAGUACAUAAAUGAAGUUUUAAGAAAGAAUAUUAAUAUAGUUCAAUGUAUAUUUGCUACUGAUUGCAGAAAUCAAUUAAAUGAAAAAAAUACAGAAAAUAAAUAUAAAAAAAUAUUAUUAAGACAAGUUAUAUCACUAAAUAUAGUACUAUGUUUACGUUUACUUUAUCUAAUAAAUAGCUUAUUAAAUUAUUAUUUAAAGUUUAAAAGUAAGGUGGAUACAAAUAAUGGAAAUACAGAUAAUAAAAGUUGCUUAAAAGAAAAUUUUCAUUUUUUAUUAUCUUAUAAAAAUGUAAUUAUCAAAAGUAUUAUGAAAAUAUUAGUUUCAGUUCCAUUAGCAUUAAUUAGAUAUUUAUGUGUUUAUAUUAUUUAUAUCAUUUCAUUUUUUAAUUAUGAAUCUUUUUUAUCUUAUUCUAUUAUUCAAGAUAUAAAAUGGUAUUUAUCUAUAGCUUCAAUUGAUCCUCAUAAAAAAGUUAGAAAAAUGGUAGUGUUAUGUAGGGCUAGAUGGAUGUAA